CCAAACACAAAGGGAAAAUUACAGAGAGCAGUCACCAAUAACAACCCAAGACGCCAUGGAAAACCGAGAUUUACCACAAGAAAAUGGCCAGUCUCCUCUAGCAGAUUUUGUAACGCGAAAUUAUGAAGAGCAACGGGAGGCGAGACAGCGAGUUGGUGAAGCCCAUGAGGAUCAAAGGGUUGAUGCGUUCCUGCAAAGAGCCCUUAGUGAGAGUAAAAGAAUGGAUGCGGAGGUGAACAAGGCAGAGAGAAGACAGAAUGAGCUUUACAGCGAGCUUGGACAAGAUAAGAUGCAUUCCUGGAUCAUGGAGCAUGCAUCAGAAGUCACAGUGACCCUACCCUGCGCAGGUGAAGGAACUCCAAUAGAUACAGAGGAUGUCAACAAGCCAAGUGAUAAAGCAGAUGUUAUUAGAUGAAAGAUGAUAAUGAAUGCUUAUAGUAAAAAUAAAGUUGUACAUUUUGUAAAGGCUAAUGAA